AUGGCCAAUUUGACGUCUUUGUUUCGAGAAUAUGUGAAGAUUAUCGAGGAAAAUGAUGAUCGACAAGCAGUAGCGCCGGAGCAUAAGGUUUGGCGUGUGAAGCAGUACGAGAUAAGGGAUUCGUUCAUGAAAGAGUGUUUUCAGUUAUUACAGCUGCUUUUGGAAUUGCGUAAAGUGCUGAAGAUUGCGGAACCACAAUAUAUGGGUGACAAGGAUAUGACAGAGGAAGAGAAAGACGAUUUUGACACGGAGUUUAGGCUGCAAUUGCAUCAGUACGUUCAAAAGUUCAAACUGCUGGAGAAAUAUGAGCAGCAACGACAGCAGUUGGUGGCUGAAAAGAUCUUGGAACAUAAUACUCACACCUUCCAUCUUUUCAAGAGUGGCUUGGAUGACGAUGAGAUGGCCCUGUAUCAUGCUUCCAACAAUGAAUUCAGAUCCGGUGUGCUGAGGUCACUCAGUAUGCUGCUGAACGUGGUUUCUUCGCUGUUCUCCUCGAUGCAGCAAGAAAGGCUGGCGACGCAACGGAAGUUUGAAGCUUUCGAUCUCAACUCGAGGCCUGAUCAGCUCAAUGAAGUAGUAAGCAUUUCGUCUGUAUCGCAAAGCAAAGCUGUGGAAUCAGCGCAGGAAGAGCUUAAGAUUUACGAGGAUACAUUGUCGAAGCUGACCCAAGAGCAGGUUCAGAUGCUCGAGACUGAGCACGAAGGGCUUUUGGCUCAAAAGGAUGAGCAACUAAAAAAGAUAGAAAUGAUCAACAGGACGAUUCUGGAUAUCGUGUCGCUUCAGAGUGAUAUUUCAUCGAACCUUCAAGCACAAUCGCAGAAUAUUAACAGCAUACUGGAUAGCCAAGACGACAUAGAUAUCAAUAUAAAGGAGGGGAACAAGCAGCUAACGAGGGCUAAGCGAUCGGCUAGCCGCGCCGCUAGAAUGACAGUCGUCAUUGCGAUCAUACUUGGAGUGUUGAUACUUUUUCUUGACUAUGUAGGAUAA